AUGCUCGCUGCCAUCCGUAAAGACUUCGAAAAGCUGAAGGCGCUCUACAAGACCUUAUCCCAGAUCCAGGAACAAUGCGAGAAGGGAGAGAGCUCUGUUGAGGCUCAGAUGAUGCAACAGAACAACAACAACGCCGACCUCAUGAUACUCUAUAUUUGCCCAGUCAAAGCUGUCGGUAUCAUGGAACGCGUCACACCUGUACUGCAAGACAGAGAGAAACCCAGGCAUACCCUGAUUAUAUUCUUACAAAGCGAUAUGAUGCAAGAUAGGUUAUUGUAUACCCUGGGCUGA